AUGGUGGAAUACACAUAUAGCGUCGUACCAAUCCCGUUCGCCCCGCUACCCCAAAGCCACGUCGAUAAACAUGCUUUUCUUCGUCUGCUCGCCCUCAAGACAAAUCCAGAAUGUUUUUCGUCAACUCUAGAUGAUGAAAGCCGACUUUCUGCCGAACAAUGGCGCGGGAGGAUUGAUACAGAGGAUAGAGUAACUUUCAUCGCAGUGGCAUCCGAAAUACAGUAUGCACCUUUCGAUGCACCUCUCGAUCCGACUCCUUCUUCUUCGUCUUCUUCCUUCGCCGACACCUCAGAUUCAUCGAAAUUGCUGGACGACGACACAGCGAAAUGGGUUGGACUGGUUACUGUUCUCACACCAGAGUUCCUGCAGGAACGAUGGGACGAUUUACCACGAAAGUUCCGGAAAUUCGCGAUGCGAAGCGGAAAGCCUGCUCACGUCUUAGUGAGUAUGUGGGUACACCCGGAGCACCGUCACAAGGGAUUGGGAAGGCGGUUGAUUUCACAGGCGGUUGAUUGGGUGAAGAAUAGGGUUGAAAAGCCGGGUGUGGAAGAUAAACGAGGCGAUGUAGUCCUGGAGGUAUUCAAACAGAAUACGGGAGCGGUGAUGUUGUAUCGUGCAAUGGGGUUCGAGGAUAUUGAAGAAGUUUCUCCUUCAAUUUGGAUGGGAAGAAAGAUAGCCUAG